GUCCUAUCUCAGCUACUCUUCAUACCUAGGAGAUCACUGCCAUGGGGAAGAAUAUCCUGCUCCUUCUGCUGGGCCUCUCAUUUGUGAUAGGCUUCCUGCAAGCUCUGAGAUGUUUGGAGUGCGAUAUGUUAAACUCGGAUGGAAUUUGUGAGAAAGGAAACUCCACCUGUGAGGCUAAAGAGGACCAGGAAUGUGGCAUACUGGUAGUUUCUCAAGGUGUUGAUAUCCUCUUUGGGAUGCAAGAUUGUUCUUCUCACUGCUUAAAUAAGACUUUCCACCAUUAUAAUCUAACACUGGAUUUUACAUGUUGCCACGACCAAUCACUCUGCAAUGAGUUUUAGAGGCCAGGCUACUUCUUGCUCAAUUCUGCUGCAGUGCUGUUCCUUGAAUCCUGGCAAUGGAGCAUGUCAGCGAGCAUUCUACUAUUGACUUGUCUUGAAGCCGAUACCUUGUCUUUCCAUCGUAUGGCUUAGAUGUCUUUUGUAGUCUACAUUUAACUUACUCCAUUGUAUUUGAUGCUCUUGCAUUCAUUGUAUACCUUUAAAGUUUUUCAUCAAUCCUUCAGAGUUGUCUAGAUUACUUUCUAUUACAUAAUAUUUGCAUUUAUUUAUUUUGUGUGUCUUUCUAUAUUGUCAUUCCAUGACACAUGUUGAAGUCCAAGAUGAACCUUUAUGACUCAGUACCAUUUUUCUACCAUGUUAGUUCUGUAGGUUGAACUCAGUAGUCAGACUUAGUGGUAUUCAUACAAGUGGUGGUGGGGGGGUGUCAAUGGGUACAGUUAUUUGUCACUAAGCCUGGUGAUCUGAUUUCAGUUCCUCAGACCCACAUGGUAGAAGGAGUAAACGGAUCUAUUCAUGUUUUUCUCUGACCUCCAUGUAAAGAACAUUGCAGGAUGUGUAUACACCCCCCCACUCACCAUUGAAACAGACAGAUACACAAUUAAUGUAGUAAAAAAAUACAACUACAGCAUUCUUUAUCCCUCGCCACAUUCCUUCCUCUACCCUACCCUUCCAUUCUCCUCCUCAUUUAACUUGUAUUCUAAUUUUCCUCCUGGAAUAUCCUUUUCCCAUGACGCUUUACUAAUUUCUUGAUAGUUGUAGGUAUUCCAAGCAGACUAAACAUGUCUGAAGAAUCAAAGCUCACCCCCCAAUGAGAGAAAAUAAAUACCAAGGAAAUAAAAAUGCCAUUCAUAAAUGGGUAACUGCAAUGAAUAGUUUUCAAAAGUGAUGAGGAGGAGGAAGAGGAAAAGAGGAGGAGGAGGAGAAUAAAAAAGGAAGAUAAGGAGGAGGAGGAAAGAAAAAAAGAAAUGGAAAUGGCUAGUAAUUAUUUUUUAAAGUGCUCCAGACUAGGUGGCAGUGAUAAAUUUCACUAGGAAUGGGAAAUAGAAUAGAUAGUUUUUAAUGAACAAGAAGAUGUACUUCUAGAAUGUGAAGAUCAAAUUAGGAGGGGGAAGUCAGAGUUGGCAAGGGAGGGAAUACUGGGAGAGAUAGCUAAACUAAGGGCCCUCUGAGAGGUCACGUGGAAACCUGUUAUAGUAGAAAUUUCCUAUAAUAUAUACAUAUAUGGAAGUGAGCUACAUGAAAUUGCCAAAUACUGGGGGAGACAGCUUCAAGUGGACAUCUCUCAUCACCAAAUAAAGCUUCCAGUACUGGGAGUAGGUUAUACAAUUGCGUUGUUAGACAAAGGGCUCCAAUGGUGUGGUGAUCUUAAUGAAAAUGGUCCCUAUAGGCUCAUAUGGAGUGGCACUUUUAGGAGGUGUGCAGUUGUUAGAGUAGUUAUGGCCUUGUUGGAGAAAGCAUGUCACUGGGGAUGGGCUGUGAGGUUUCAAAUGCUUAAGGCAGUCCCAGAAUCACUCUUUCUUCCUGCUGUCUGCCAAUCCGAAUGUAGGACCACUGCCUUCUCUGGCAUCAUAUCUACCUUUACACUGCCAUGCUUCCCACCAUGAUGAUACUGGAUUAAACUUCUGAAUCUGUUUAGGUAGGAGCUGAUGCAGAAGCCAUAGAGGAGUCCUGCUUAUUGGCUUGCUUGCUUAGACUGUUGUUCUUAUAGAACCUAGACCACAAACCCAAGGAUGGCACUGGGCCCUCCUCCACUGAUAACAAAUUAAGAAAAUGCCCUACAACUGGAUCUUUUGAGGUGUUUUCUCAAUUGAUGCUUCUUCCUCUCCAAUGACUUUAACUUGUGUUACCUUGACAUAUAACCAGCCAGUACAGUAACCAACCAAAAUCUGAUUGGAUUUAAGGCCUACUUCAUGAGAUAGAAUCCAUAUCCAAUGUUGCUUGGGUGGCCAAGAAUCUGAGAUCAGAUGUGCUAGAGGCCUAGGGGAAUCCCAAAUACUACUGUGCUGCAAAGGACACAGCAGUAAAAUAAGUAAAGGCAUUCUACCACCAGAGACCAUUAUUUCUGCAGCAGAUGGGAACACAAACAGAGAUAUGCAAGUAGAUAACAUUCAAAGAGCGAGAGACCAUGAAGCACUCAGUCCUAAGUGGGAUGUUUCUAUCAAUUUCUUCUCCCCAGGGCACAGGCACUCUAUGGAAGAGGAUGUAGUAAUAGUGUAAGAGCCAGAGGGGAGAGAGGACACCAAAAAAAAAACAAGACCCUCAAGAGGAUCUAUGCACAAUAGAACUCACAAUUCUGGCAGUAUGGACAGGGCCUCAUAGGUC